GGAAGGCAAGAGAAGGAGAGUGUUUAUGUCGGAAUGUGACUGUUCACUUCCUGGGUGAUGGGACGUACUGCACGCACGCACAAGGGAGAGGGAAAAAAAGGAAGAACUUGCAGGGCGAGGUGGGGGGGGGGGAGGGAGGGGGCACCGUGCCUGCUGUGUCUGGAGCCUUCCCUCCACAAGCCAGAGCCAUCAGUCUCCACACGGGCAGGACCUGCACGCACAGCGCCAUGAGUGAAGGUCUGCUGAAGAGAGUAGUGAGCACUUCUUCCAGGGACUAUGAAUCCGUUAAGUACAGAUCCCACGUCAACCCCCUCCGCGUCUGUUGAUCCGAGAUCCUCCACCACCGUCGCCACGCCCCCACAGAGGCCCGGAGAACCAUGGGAAGUGUGAGCAGCCUGAUAUCGGGUCACAGCCUCCACAGCAAACACUGCCGCGCCUCCGAACACAGGCCAAAGAAGGCCCCGUCGUCCAAGAAGUCGGGCCGCAGCCUGGACGGCCUGCUGAGAUAUGGCUUCUCUCAGGACCCCGCCCACAACGAAGCCAAAGCCGCCUUCCAGUCGGGCAAGAGCGACGACUUCUUUUACAUCAAGGUAAGCCAAAAGCCAAGGGCGGGCCACCGCAGGAGCACCACGGAGGAGGACCAACCAGAGGGACUGGCUGUCAUGGAAACGGGCAGGCGCACACCGCCAAAACUCGUGCCCAUGUCUGGAAAGCUGGAGAAGGGCAUCGAGAAGGGUCUGGUGCGGCCGACAGCUUUCAAGCCCGUCAUUCCCAGGAGCAGCACUUACUCAGACAGCCAUAACCCCCUGAGCCAGAUCAAUGGCAAAAGACUGAGCCCCUCCGACAGGGCCAAGGACCAGCCGGAGCGGAAGCCGGACGCUAGCUCUGGGACUCUGUCAGAUUCGGGCCGCAACUCCAUGUCCAGCCUGCCCACCCACAGCACCAGCGGCAGCAGCCAGACGGACAACCUCAGCGGCUCCACGGGCCUGCUGAUCCGCUGCGGCGGCUCCGCGCACGGCGUCGGCCUCCCCCAGCACCUCGGUGUCGCGCUGUCUGGGCCUGGGGGGGGCGCCACCAAGGCCCCCGGCCCCUCACCCGAGCAGCACGACCCCCUCUCGGAGAUCGCCUGGGGCUGCGUGCGCACCCCCAUCUCCAUGGACGAGUCCCUCAUCCAGCAGCUGGAGCAGAGGCUCCUGGAGAGGGAGACGGAGCUCCAGGAGCUGCAGGUCAGCUUCGAGGAGAAGGAGACCGACACCUGCCAGUUCUUCCAGGAGAAGCAGAAGUACUGCGCCGAGGAGAUGGAGGGCCUCAAGCAGAGGUGCUCCACCAAACUGCGCCAGGUUUCCCAGAGGGGCGUCCGGGCGCAGCAGCUCCUCCAGCAGCAGGUCCUCCAGCUCCAGGAGGAGAAGAAGCAGCUGGAGGAGGACAUGACCCAACUGUCUCAGGAGAAGGACCUGAUGGAGGUCAAGCUCAGGUCCUACGAGACGAAGCAGACCCAACUGGUCCCAACGCUGGAGGAAACUCAAUGGGAAGUCUGCCAGAAAUCUGGAGAGAUCUCCCUGUUGAAGCAGCAGCUGAAAGACUCUCAGGCCGACGUGACUCACAAGCUGAACGAGAUUGUGAGCCUGAAAGCGGCGCUCAAGGAGACAAAGAGCGGGGUGGAGGCGCUGGAGCAAAAAAACAAGGAGCAAGAGGAGGCCGUCCGCUCACGGAUCGUGGAGGUGGAGGUGUGCGAAAACGAGCUCCAGAGGAAGAAGAACGAGGCCGACCUGCUCAGGGAGAAAGUGAGCCGGCUGGAGACGGACGUCAGGGCCAUGAAGCAGGACCUGGCCCUGGCCAAGGAGCAACAGCGGAGCAGCAGGGAGGCCGCCAGAGGGGGCCAGGGCGGGGUCAAAGGUCAGCCGGAGGGCGGGGCCAAGGAGGACGCGGAGGCCCUGCUGAGGGAGGUGGACAGGCUGAGGCGGGAGCUCAGGGAGGAGAGGCAGAGGAAGGAGAAGAUGGCCAGCAGCUUCCAGCAGGAGCGUCAGACGUGGAACAGGGAGAAGGACAAGGUCAUCAAGUACCAGAAGCAGCUCCAGUACAACUACCUGCAGAUGCACAGGAAGAACAAGGACCUGGAGAAGAUCCUGCGGGAGCUGACCGCGGAGAUGGAGAGCCGGACGGAGCUGGACGCGGACGUCCAAAGCGCGGACAUUCACUACGAGGAGAUCAUCGCCACGCAGAUCUGAGCUCCCUGGGGCUAAGGCAACGCUGGAUUAAGAAAGACCGAUGAUGCGACUCACACGCCGGCAAUAACAAAGGCCUCUUCCAAAGCGGGCUGCUUCAACUUGAAGCAUUACUUCUGCAUGUUUCAAACGACCUCCUCGAGACUUCCUCAAGUACUUACUGUGGUUAACCUACACCACAUUUGUUUAGGUACCAAACUACUGGAUGUACAUUUCAUUUUGUUUGAACUGCUAACGAUUAUUUAUUUUGAUAACGAAAACGAUGUUAAUUCAUGUCCAUGGAGAUUUGUAUACAAAAAUGAAAAAAGCAAAAAAAAAAAAAAAAAAAAGUAUUCACUUACUAGUAAUGUCACAUUUUUUCCCCCACUUCUACAGAGAAAAUUGAUUUGCACAGAGUAUCAGUGCACACAACUGUACAAGGGCAUAGUACUCCAAACAAAUAAUACCUUACUGGUAUCAACUGCCCCAAGAUAUAAGCUGCACAAGGUUUAUGUACUGAGUAGGCGUAACUGUAGGUGCAAUCUACUGUCACUGAAUAGGCUCAUUCAAAGCUCUCUGCUGAUCAUUUAAAUGCCAUAUAUACUGUACACCUCAGUGCAGGUAAUUAGGUAUUCAUGCGAUUUUUUAUGUGGAAAACUGUUUAUUAAUAUUCAAUGCAAUGCAAAAUCAAACACUUUCAUUUUAGUGAAAGCCAGAGCACACUGUAUCAGCUGAACAGAAUGUAUGCUUUUGCAGAAUAUUAUUAAGGCUUACAUUUUGCAGACAACCAAAUUAUAAAAAAAAAAAAAUAUGACAACAACAUGACAGAAACAAAGUUUUUAUUCCUAGUGGGCAAACUUUUAACACACUCCUACAAAAUAAAAGAACAAGUUAUAGAAUGUAUUCGGUAACCGACAAUAUUAUGUUUUUGCAAAACAAACAUAAAAGAGAAUUUCUCAAGAGUUGACGCAGUUAGGAAUAUGCAUAUUAAUAAGGAUCAUCACAGAUAUGAGCAUGACCUAAUUUAGCCGAACCAAGAAUUUAGUUAAACUGUCGGAUUUGAAACGUUAUUUUACGUUUCACUGAUACACCUUUAAUUUUCAGACAGACAGGAAGAGAACAAUCCACUGACUUUGAUGCACCAAGACUGUACAAGAAUGCAAACUAGAAUGGGAACUACUUCUUGUUUGUGUAUCCAGAGAAUCAUUAGUUACAUCAAAACCCUAACAUCGAAAGUCUAUUAAAAUUUGAAAGAACAUCUGUGGCUUAUACAUCUUAUAGUCCAACCAAUUCAUAAAAAUAUUUUGUUUGCCUGUCUUCAAAACACACCCGUGAUAUUUUCAAAGGUGAAUAAAUGAUAAGAUACAUAUUAUUAAUCAUAACCCAGUAUCAUACAAUCAUAAUAUAUUUUCAGUAUUUUGACUUCCAGCAGCUUCCAAAUGAAUAUCCCAUAAAAACAAUCACUCCUUGGGGAGGAAUGUUUCACAGGCUUUCCUCAAAGAGGAAUCCUUUACACGCCCAAAAAAGUCUUCCUGGACACUAAACAAGGAGAGAUCCCGAGAAUACCCUUAAGACUAAAGAUGGGUAACAAAAAGCUAAGGUACUAAUGAUGUACCUCCAGCAUAUACAAUGAUUGGUGCAAAACAUAUAUCACAACUAGUCAUAGGUCAUGUCAUUGGUUUAGCACAUGCUAAAAGGUUUAGUACAUGCUAGUGGUCUCAGUAAAUCAGGCCCUACAUGGUAAAAAUCUUCAUUCUAGGAGAUGCCUGAUACUGUACCUUGACAUAUAGAGAGCACUACUUGGACACAACUCAAAAGCAUACAGUGUGAUCCCAGGGAAAGCAUUUGGUAUGACCAAGCAUUUAUCUAUCAACCAUAGAAUUAGAAUUAGAAAUGACAUAUAUUCAACGAAACAUGAUGAAUUUCCAAAUACUUAUAUAACUUCAAGUUCCAGUUGAACACCUAUGUUGAUGGUGACAUCAACUUGACUUCAGAAGCCAAGGUGACACUCACUUGGCUGGUAAGGGCUGUGUAAAAUGGCAUUCCCUCAAAGGGGAACUUGAACGUGUCCCACAAUGCUAAGCACAGUGUCCCCAGAACCUUCCGUUUGACCUCCAGCUCUUAGGAGGAGUAUCUUGCCAGGAAGCAUUUCAUGAGGUUCACCAGCAAAUUCCUUCUCAUGUAUGAACUGUAUAUAUUCUAUUUAUUUAAACACAAUAAAAGUUUUCAAUUACUGGUAUGAAA